AUGAGUUUUAUAAAAAAAGCUAGUUUAACCAUUUUGGUUCUUUUGUCUGUUUUAGCAAUUUCUAUAUUUGUUUUAGAAUAUAGAGAUUAUAACGGAACUGUUUAUCAUAAUUUUGAAAAAUAUGGUAAAGUUGAGAUAUCUAGAGACAAUUAAGGAAUUCCUCACAUUAAGGCUAAAACGUUUUUGGGUGCUGUUUUUGGAUAAGGAUAUGCACAUGCUUAAGAUAGAUUAUUUUAAGUGUUUAUAAAGACUAAACUUGCAAGAGGAGAAAUGAGUUAGUUGAAGGGAGAAGCUGGAUUACCAUAUGAUAUAUUUUUCAAAACCCUUGGAUUAAAAAGGAUAGCAGAAGAAAUAAUAGAAAAACUACCAAAGGAAGAACUUGAAAUAGUUCAAGCAUAUUGUGAUGGAUUUAACCUUUAUCAAAAGGAGCUUCAUGUUAGACCAAUAGAAUUUAUUAUCACUGGAGCUAGCUUAUAAGAAUAUACUCCAGUUGAUAUUAUGAUAAAUGACAGAAUGAUAUUUCUCUUGCUUGGAUAUGAAUAUGUCUUUGAACCAAUCAGGACUAGUUUAGCUAACUAAUUUAAUGAGGAAAUUGCUAUUAAAAUGUUUGCUGGAAAUACAGAUUCUUAGUUUGUAGAUGUUACAAUAACUAAUGAUGAAGAUUUGAAAAGGUAAAACCUUUAUGAAAAAUUUGUGAAAGGUAAAUCAUUUUCACACAGAGCUGAAUUUACAGAAGAAUAAAAGCAAGCUUUUAUCACCUCUUCUCUACAAGAAGUGCUAUUAGAAUUAUAAUCAGUUUUACUGCUCUUUACCAUAAAUAACUCAUUUAAUAAUACUUCCACAACUAAUUACGUUCCUAAUGGUAGUAAUGCAUGGGUUGUUCAUGGAAAUCAUACAAAAUCAGGAAAACCUAUCCUUGCCAGUGACCCUCAUUUAACAAAUAAUAUCCCUUCCGCUUAAUAUUAAAAUGAAAUAAUUAUUGAGGAUGAAGGAGUAAACGCAAUAGGUGCUACAUUAGCUGGUAGUCCUCUUAUAUUAAAUGGAAGAACUGAUUAUUUAGCUUGGGGAAAUACUGUUCUUUUUGCUGACACUUCUGAUCUAUACAAAGAAGAAAUAAAAGAUGAUAAAUAUCUUGUUGAUGGAGAAUGGAGAUAAAUUAAAACUGUUUAAGAAAAAAUAUAUAUUAAAGGAAAGGAAGAACCAUAUAUUUUAGAUGUAAAUUAUACUCAUAGAGGACCUAUUAUUUCAUAUAAGUUUGAUAAAUUUGCUCCAAACCCUUUAAUUUAAUUAGGCUUUUCAGCUUCUAUUUGCUGGAAUGGAGAAAUCAAAUAAGCAACACAAAUUAGAGCAACCUAAAAAAUCUUAAGAGCAAAAACUCAUUAAUAAGUGUUAGAAGGAUUUGGUGAUAUUGUAGGUCCAGUACUAGCUGUUUCUUAUGCUACUGCUGAUGGAGAUAUUGGCUUUUAUGGAUAUGGUAAGAUACCUAUCCAUAAAAACACUAUUCAAUCUUAGUUUAUAAAAGACGGUACAACAACAGAGUAAGACUGGGUUCGUUUUACUACCCCAUCAGAAUAACCAUAAUCUCAUAAUCCUACAAAGGGAUAUAUUGUUACUGCUAAUAAUAAAUUUGCUACUGAUAAUAUGAAAGGAUUUUUAUCUGUUAAUUUGAAUUCUACUCCUAGAGCAUACCGUAUAUCUUAAAUGAUAGAAGAGUAUAUUAAAAAUGGAAAGAAAAUAGAUGUUGAGGACAUGAAGAAAAUGUAAGCUGACACUGUUGAUUCAUAUGGCUGUGAUAUUUUGCCUCAUCUUUUUAAACUAUUUAAAGAAAGAGCAUCUAAUAUUCUCAAACCAGAACAAUAUGAAUAGGGAUUAAGAAUGAUUAGCCAUCUUGAAGGUUGGGAUUGCAGGAUUGAUGCAAAUAGCUAUUAAGCAACAAUUUUUAUGGGAUGGGAGUACUUUUUUGCCAAAAGUUUACUCCAUUAAUUUUAGUCGACUGAGUAUGACAGAUAAUUCUUGACUAUGGGACAUUUAUUUGAACACUUUUAUCUUAAGGAAAUUUAAAAAUGGAGCUUAGAAGGAAAUGAAAAAGAUUUUGAUUAAUUCUGGUGUAAAACUGAAGAAAAUAAAGGCUAAUAAUUUUCUUGUCUUUACAAUCUGUUUAUUGCCUUUUCUAAAGUAGAAAGCUAUAUGGAAAAGGAAUUUGGAACACCUGAAGUUAAAAAGUGGGAAUGGGGUAUUAUCCAUACAAAUAAUUAUCCUCAUACAGCCUUUGCAAAUAUUCCUAUCCUCAAUAAAAUAUAUAACAGAUCUGUUUAAAGCUUUGGUAAUAGAAGAACUGUAGCUGUAGCAAUUUAAAAUUGGCGCUUUGGUUCUUUUUCUUCAGCUUAUGGAGCUAAUUAUAGAAUGGUUGCAGAUAUGGAUGAAAAUGGAAAAGAUUUUUGGAUUACCGAUACAGGUGUUUCUGAGAGCGUUCUUUCUCCUCAUUAUGAUGAUUAAUUUAAAAUUCAUAAAAAUUUUGGUUACCUCAGAAUGGAGAGGGGUUUGGAAUCAUUCAAAAAGAAUCAAAAAUAUUUAAAAGUUUUGGAAUAUUAUAAAGAUUCUAAGAAACUAAACAAAUAAAAUAAUACAGAUAUUUGA